AUGUCUGCACCUGUUGCCUGCCCCGUCGCACCCUACUGCAAUGACGACACCGACUCAUUCGCAUACACCUCUGCCCGAGCGCGGUGGCCGACCAUCCUGGACGGCGUCAUCGCGGACGUGAAGCAGACCGUGUCUGAGAAGGGCGUUGCCGAGGACGGAUUGAUUGCGAAGCUUGAGAAGGUCAAGCAGGAGCUUCUCGGUUUGGUUGAGCUUGUCAUCAGGCCCCUCGAGGACGACGGCGGCGAAGACAUUGCACUCUACAACGCCGAGCUGAAGCGCCAAACCGGCGCCGUGCCGAUGACGUACGCCAACGGUCCAUGGCUGUACACCGAGUGCUACCUGUACCGCAAGAUCUACAGCUGCUUCAAGACCAGCAAGGGCUGGGAGGAGUACGAUUUCUUUGCGCGCCAGAAGCUGGACGCGUUCAAGUCGUCCGAGUCGGCGGUUGUUGAGCUCGCGAUUAGAUACAAGGCGUUGUCGGCGCAGCUGCAUGGCGAUGUUUCAAAGGCGUCGCUUGAGGUUUUGUUUCGCGAAUUCAUCGACAUCUCGCUCUGGGGAAAUGCCACUGAUCUGUCACUUCUGACGACGCUGUCGCUUGACCAGCUCCAGAGUCUGCAAGGCGCCGCGGCCCGCCAAAAGAGCGAGAAGAACAUUCUCGUGAACGACGUCGGCAAGGCGUGGGCGGCGGUGUCGGACACGACCAAGUACGGCCGCGUGGACAUUGUGCUCGACAACGCCGGCUUCGAGUUCUACACCGACAUGAUCUUCGCUUUAUUUUUGCUCGACUCGGGGCUCGCGGAGACGAUUGUGUUUCACCCGAAAUCGAUCCCGUGGUUCGUCUCGGACGUGAUGCCGGUUGAUCUGGGCGUGCUAGUGAGCUCGCUCAGCGAUCCGGCGUUCUUCACCAAGAACCGCGAGGAGCUGGAUUAUCUGUCGUCGCAGAUCAUGAAGUACUCGAGCGACGGCAAGAUUAUUAUGCGCCAGUCGCCGUUCUGGACCACGUCGCUCGCGUUCUGGGAGUUGAGAGAGGGGGGACUGGGGGGUGGACAUGAGGUCUGGGAUGAUUUGAGAGCGAGCAAGUUGGUUAUCUUCAAGGGAGAUUUGAACCACCGCAAGCUUGUCUACGAUGCGAAAUGGCCGCGAACAACGCCCUGGGCGACAGCUAUCGGCCCGCUUGCGAGCGCGAAGCGCACGCUGUUUAGUCUGCGGACGUGCAAGGCGGACGUGGUUGUCGGGUUGGCGGAGGGCAAGGAGGAGGAGUUGGAAAAGUUCUGGAUCGAGUCGGGCAAGAGCGAGAAGGAUACAGGCCGGCCUGGGAUCGGAUGGGCGUGGAGCGGGAAGUGGGCGGUUAUGCCGUUUACUGAUGGGAAGGAGUAG